AUGGUGGCCUUAUCAGGAGGUCACACUAUAGGCUUCUCACACUGCAAAGAGUUCAUGCCAAGAAUUUAUGACUACAACAAAACAUUUGACGUUGACCCAACUAUGGAUCAGCAUUUUGCACAGAGUCUUCGGGGUUCUUGCCCCAAGAAGAAAUUUGAUCCCAUUGUGGUUGCACUCAAUGAUGUUACUACACCAUUCAUUUUUGACAAUUCUUAUUACCAAAAUCUUCAAAAGGGGCUGGGGCUGUUGGCGACUGAUCAGAUGUUGAUUUUAGACUCAACGACUGGUGGUUAUGUUAAGAAAAUGGCUGAAAAUCAAAAUGGAGCAUUGGGGUUAAAACAGGAAAGGAUGGUGAUAUUAGACGAGAUUGUGGUUCCUUCAAUGACUGGUUCUUGUGGAGUAGAGAUGCUUGGACUUGGGAGGAACUUAACAGGUAUUGAAUCAGUUUUCUCUUGGCUCAUUGCAGAGGCUAGGCGGGCUAGAGCAUCGGCUACUGAAUUCUUCUCCCUUGGGAUCUGA